AUGAAUUACACUCCAGAUCCAUCUUUCACGUCACCAGAUCAAGUAUCUCGGAAAACGCUUCUCCGAGUAUUUCUUCCACUAUUAAUGGACCCUGAUCUGCAACCUAGCAAUACUCCUAAAAUAUAUCCAAGUAUGCUAACGACUACUGCACCAACAACUACAACCAAAACAGUCGAUAGUACGACGAUGACAUCAUCAGCCUUGCCAAUAACUACUGAACAAACUACUCCAGCUACUAGCCGAACUAUUCAAACUACUAGCCAAACUAUU